AUGCAUCUGGUCAAUGAAGUGGUUACCUAUGUACCGGCUGGGGUCACCAUGCCAGCGUCCAUAUCUCCUCCGACACCAGUUUAUCUUUGUGUGGACAACCCAACUCCAAAUGCGUCUCCGAUAACUCUUCCAUCUCCAAGUAUGGAAAUGGUUUGGCAUGGCGAAUUUGAACGGCUCUUCAGUCAGUAUUUUCCAGACCAUUGGUACCUGCUUCCAACUAAUUACCCUCCGAUUAAUCGAUGGAGAACAUUCAAAGACAGCGCCAAAGUCAGAUUCUCUUGUCAGCAAUGCGGUCAUGGGUGGACUUCAAUGAAAGGCCGAGUAAUUUUCUGGUUCUAUUUGAAUUUUACCAAUAGUUAUGGCUAUGUCAUGUUCAAACUGUACGGACAACAAUGUAUGCGAUGUAAAAAUGGAUGUUACGAACCUGCUAUGUGGUACCCGGAAGAAGUUGUCAAAGUCAUCGGUAACGUUUACAACCGCGUUGGACAACUUCAUUAUGGCUUUGUGCGGCCUCCACUUAGGAUCGACCGUCGUGCAGGCAAACCACGAAAUCAACACAAUUCAGAACUCUGUCAGGCAUGCAAGGAAGGCCACUGCAAAGAAGAAUGGUCUUUUACGUGA